AUGGGUGCUAAGCCAUGGAUUUUUGCAUUGUUACUGGCAAUUGUCAGAUCGCAAAGUUUUAAAAUGCUGGGCCACGCCGACCAUCUGUCAUCUUCAUUGCACAAGUCUUCACCCGACCUGAAUGAUCUGAGUCGAAUCAUCGAAACGAGUUUUCCUUUCUACAAAGGGUUUUGUGCAGGCCAAGCUUUGAAGGACUUUUUACCACAGUGUAUGCAACAUGGAAUCGAAACAAUAGAUCCUAAACUUAGGGUCCAGGCGGCAGUCAAGCUGUCUUUUUGUGAAUUUGAAGAGUCCGGUCUUGAGAUGAAGCCCAAAUCUUGCACCGACUCAAGUUUCAAUGGAAUCAAAGAAUGUGUUGAUGAAAUGAAGAGCUCUCCUCAGUGGUGGACGACCUAUAGUGGCAACUAUCAACGUCUGUCAACUCUGUGUUACGAGAAUUCACUCCCUUUCGAGAAAGAACAGCUACUCGCCCUUUUUCUUAAUAUCACCGAUGUUUAUUCCACUUUCAAUGAGAUGCUUGAAGCCCACUUAACGGAUAAGUUUAAGAUUUUAGAAAAUCUAACUACUAGUAACAUUCAAAAGUUUCAGGAAGCCUUCGAGAAGCAAGUUGAAGCAAUGGGUCAAACCUACUCCGAUAACUUAGAGUCGUUUUUGCACAAAUUUGAACAAUUUGAGGAUGAAGCCUUCAGUGGUCUAAAUGACAGCGUCGUGGCAGUCCAGACCCAAGUCUUAGAUGUUGAAACUGACCUUUGGCUUGAGCUGAAAACUCUAAAGCAAUACAUUGAGAAAAUAAACAUUGAAUUAAACACUGAUGACUAUGAGGAACAGAUAAGGUUAUUGAAAGACACAAGUUUGGAACAGCUGCAAACCGUGGCAGAAAACGCGGAAGCCGCGAGCCUAAACAGUAUCUCUCAGUUGCGAGAGGUGAACGCGGUCCUCGAUCGAUUUAGCUCUAAGUCUUCAGACAACUUGUACAAGCUUGAUGAGGACGUUAAUAAUUCUUACAUGGAUAUCAUAGUAGCCUUUCAAGACUUCAAGAACUUAAUACAGAACUCGAUGAUUCCUUUGGUGCAAGAUGAGAUGGGCCCACAUCUGGAGCAGUUUUCACAAAAGUUAUUGGCCGAUCUACAGGAGAUUGACAACGUAGUCAUCAACAAGACAAAUUCUUGGAGCGAUAAUUUGGACAGCACUUUCGGAAUCAUUAAUACAAAUCUCAAUCGUACGGUUGCUAGUGUACGCCAGCUAGACAUCAGCUUGGAGAGUUUCAAGCUGGAGCUGGGAAAUUUUAUGAGCGCGCUAAGAUUAAUCAAAGGGAGCCUUUCAAUGGUCAUCGCCCCAAUAUCUCAUCUCUUCGGCUCUUUUUCAGCUACCACCAGGUCGCUCAUUGUGAUGUUUCUCCUUAGAGCUAUUUCGAUAGUUGGUAACUACAUGCCGUCAUUAACAACCACGAGGAUGUCGUUACUAGGAGGGUGUUUGCCCAUCUUGGGAGCUUUAGUUUCAGGUUCACUAUUCGGCUUCUACUCGUUUUCCUGA